GGCUUGAAUGAGGGUGAUGCAUCAUCGCUAUGGACAGAACAUCAUGCAAUGGACAUUAAUGCUAUCAUUACAUGUGGUCUCUUCUCUUUGACCUGGGCUCAUGAGCUUGCAGCUGUUGAUGCGUCGUUCCGUGUACUGUUCAAUAUGCCACGCAGAGCGGAGAGCACAAAAAUCCAUCACCAGCGCAGUAUUUCGUUGCAGUCGAGCGGCAUCGACACGUCAACGCUCUGGUUCAUUCACUUCCUUCACGACUUUCCAGCCGCCUUGCUUGACCCUCGCGCCGCUGCACCCAAUUCGCCAUCUCACGACAGUUCGCUAAGCACCACUAUGCCUCAAUCAUCUCCCAAUACCGCCUCCGCCGCGCCCAUAGCUGUACUCUCCGCCUGCUCCUCGGCCUUCUUACGGCGAUACUCAUCCAGAUACGCCUGCGCGGCAUUGCCUUCGAUGGCGGCAAAGUUACCUGUGGCGCUCUUCUUUCUUCUACCUGCGCUGUUCGCAGAAGCGGAGCCGAGGGUGGGGAAGGACGAGGAUGAGGAAAUGUCGAUGGAUGAUUGGCGGGAGGAUGUUGAGGCGGAUUGAGAGGUGGACGGAGGGAGGAUACCAGCGUUGAUGGGUGGUGCGCGCGGAAGAGAAUUGAUGGGUCUGCUCGUGGA